GGGCAUAUCAGCUUGGGUAGGGACGACAUUGGGGGUGUGGUUAUUGAUUUUCGAGGCAACCUCACCGCCAGGCUCGAUAACGAUUAUGUGACAGUGCCGGGCCCGUUGUAGCUUGUGACUCUGGGUUGUUGGUUUGUUUGGGUUGGUUCUGGCGGGACGUGUUCAACUGCGAAUGUUGACAUACUGCCUUGCACUCUUAGCCACGUUGGUUACUACUAACCGCUUAUCUGCGCCGAGUGCUUUUAUUAUCCGGGAAGAGCCUGAAGUCAUUUAUCAGCGAUUGCCUGUAAUCGGCAAUCGGCCCCGACGUGUCGUUUGGAGCGUUUCUUCUCUGCCUUGAGUCACAGUGACAACAUCUUACUCUCCCCUCUCUAAAUUCAACAUCACUUGUCAGAAGGAGAUGUUCAUCACCCAGACCUACUACCUGGCACACAAGGCGCGGGUCAAACUCUCCUCCGAGGCUGCCCGUGCAGACCACGACCUCCGCCUCCUCGUCAGCCACGCCAACCUUCUUGACUCCCUGAUGCUUGAGCUCGCCGACACCGAGCGUGAGCAGGAGAAGGUCGAAAAGCACGACCGUCACAUCCGGACGACGACGACGACGAUAUCGGAGAGGACGACCUGA